UUGAAAAAUGUGAAUCUGACAUUUCUAAACGUCAUAAUGCAAUAAAAUGUCAUGGCUGUAUUCUUACACACACUUUGGGAUGAACUAGUAUGGGUAGUCACGCCCACGAAAUAUGGCGGCAUCCAAAUCCAAUAUGUCGAUUACUGGAACCUCCUUUACCCACUACCAAUGGCCUUGGGAAUGUUAUCUUUGCGAUUUUUACUUACCCAUUAUUGUUUUGAGCCUUUGGGGAUUCACCUUGGUUUGAAAAAGCGCAAAAUCAAGAUGGCGUUUCCUAAUCCGGUCCUGGAAAGUGUAUAUUCCACACUAAAAAGUAUGCCUAAGGAUCAGAUCGCAGGAGUGGCCAAACAACUCGACAUGAGUGAACGAGAAGUGGAAAAAUGGCUCCGUCUAAGAAAACAUCAAGAUCGGCCAUCGGUUUUGUGGAAAUUUUGUGAAAAUUGCUGGCGAUGCAGUUACUACACGUGUCUUUUCACUUUUGGGUUGGUAGUACUGUGGGACAAGCCAUGGUUGUGGCAUAUAAGGGAGUGUUGGACCGGAUAUCCGGCUUCACUGACCAUCACUAAUGACAUAUGGUGGUACUAUAUGCUGUCACUCGCAUUUUAUUGGUCUUUGGUAGUGGGCCAAUUCUCACUCGACGUCAAACGCAAGGAUUUUUGGCAAAUGUUCAUCCACCACACCGCCGCCAUCUUGCUUUUAAGCUUCUCAUGGUUGGCGGGAGUUUUCAAAAUCGGGACGUUGGUACUCCUGGUUCACGACUGCGCCGACAUUUUUGUCGAAGCGGCGAAAGCCGCCAAAUACGUGAAAUAUGACACAACUUGUACAGCCCUGUUUUCGAUUUUCACCCUAGUAUGGAUCGUGACAAGGUUGGGGAUUUACCCGUUUUGGAUCAUCAACCAGACUUUGCUAGAAUCUCCCAAACAUCUACCGAAUUUCCCCGCCUACUACACGUUUAAUAUUUUAUUAAUACUUUUACUCGGGUUGCACUGCUUUUGGACGUAUUUGAUUGUCAAAGUAGCAGUGGCGGCGUUUGGGGCGGGCCAUGUCGAGGGGGACGUCAGGUCGAGCAGUGAGGACGAGUCGGGCGAUAAUUAAAUGACGUCACAAUAAAGCAUCACAGCCUA